CCGGGGCCGCUCCGCUUCCUGCCGCCGCCCUUAAAUGCGCGGCGGGCCGAGGGCGCGGGCAGGGCGCGACCCGGCGAGCCAGGAUGAUCCAGCGGCACCAGCUGGUGCAGUCCGUGCUGCAGGAGCUUCAGGAAGCUACUGAAUGCUUUGGUCUGGAGGGCCUCACCAGUGCUGUGCUGGAGGCUGAGAGGACCCUGUCAUCUUUCUCCCUGCCUGGCUAUUGUGGGAGGCAGUUCCAAGAGGAGCUGGAAGUUGACUGUGUAGCCAGGAGCCUCUAUCCUGAGGAUGCCCCGAGCAACAUGCUGCCUCUGGUUUGCAAAGGAGAGGGGAACCGCCUCUUUGAAGCAGCCAGUGUGCUGCUCUGGGGCAACCCCAGCCUGAGCCCAGAGCUGCAGGUGCGUACGGUGGUGGAGAUGCUGUUACACAAACAGUACUACCUGAAUGGCAUGAUUGACUCCAAAGUGAUGCUGCAGGCUGUCCGCUACUCCCUCUGCACUGAGGAAUCCCCAGAGAUGACCAGCCUCCCCAUGGCUAUCCUGGAGGCUAUCUUUGAUGCAGACAUCAAAGCUACUUGUUUUCCUGGUACCUUUGCCAACAUGUGGCAUGUCUAUGCUCUUGCCUCGGUACUGCAGUGUAACAUCUACUCCAUCUACCCCAUGAGCAACUUGAAGAUACGGCCAUACUUCAACCGGCUCAUCCGGCCCAGGAAGUGUGGCCCACGAACCUCCACGCUCCAUAUCAUGUGGUCAGGGCAGCAGCUCUCCAGGCAGGUUUUCAAAGCACAGUACUUUGUGGCUGUAGUUGGCCUGGAGGAGCUAGAACCCACUACCCCUUUGCCAGAGCCUCCUGUCCAGCCCAUGAAGACCCUGGAACUGCUGAACAGUGACCCCCAGCUCACCUAUUCCAACCUGCGUGACAGGUACAGCAUUACCAAGAGCACCUUCUACCGCUGGAAGCGCCAGUCUCGUGAACACCGGCAAAAAGCUGCUGCACGAUUUGCAGCCAAACACUUCCUUCAGUCCUGCUUUCAAGAGGGCAAUGUAAUCCCCCUCCAGCACUUCCGACAAAUGUUUCCAGAAAUCUCCCGAUCCACAUACUAUGCCUGGAAGCAUGAGAUGCAGAGCAUGGUCAAUGGUGAUACCUCUGCCCUGGGUGAGGCCCAGGGGUUGCGAGAGUCUCACAGGGAUGGCCCAAAAAAGGCUGAUGUGCAUGAGCCAGCAAAUUCGGGGGGAAGCUUAAGAUCUCAGAGUCCUUCUCUAGACCCCAUCCAAGCAGGGAUCUUCAUGCAAGGAGCUAAAUCCUACCUGGAGAAAUGCAUUUCCAUGAACACUCUGGUGCCUUACAGGUGCUUCAAGCGCAGCUUUCCUGGCAUCUCCAGGUCCACUUACUACAACUGGCGAAGAAAAGCAAUCAAGGAGAACCCAAACUUCAAACCCACCCAGUCUCCCUUGGAUAACCAGAAACCUCUAGUGAUAGGAAAGCAAUUCCUGCAGUUGAAGCCAAGCAGCUUACCUGUUAGAAGGAGGCUGAAUGGACACCAGACAGCCCACAGGAGUCUCCUGCAGCUCAAACCCUCUUUGUGCUGGAGAAAGCGGCUGCGAGAGAUGGCCAAGAGGCAAGUCCAGCAGUGGCGGCUGCCAUUCUGCAAAUUCCGCCUGCGCUAUCCAUCUCUCUCCUCCACAGCCUACUGGUUUUGGAAGGACAGCAGCCGGGCGCCCAACCAGCAUUGCCUGCCCUGGACCAGCUCCUGCCAGCCGUUGAAACGGGUUACUUCCCUGGUGCCUCAGAGAGCUGGGGCAAGCCUCAAGCCCCAGUUCCAAAUGGAGAUGGCUACCAAGCAUCUAGACAAGCUAGCACCAGCCACUCCAUACAAUGCCACCAUUUCAGGCUAUGCCGUGUCGGAAAGAGCCAACAGCCGGAUGUUUGUGAUGGAUGUGAUCGCCACUGCCCAGUUCAAGGCACAAGCCAAGCUGUUCCUGCAGCAGCGCUUUGAGUCGAAGACCUUCCCUACCUACAAAGAGUUCAGUGCCCGCUUCCCUCUCACGGCCCGCUCCACCUACUACAUGUGGAAGCGUGCCCUGCACGAUGGGCUGACACUCGUGGAUGCAUGAGCACCACUUGCCAGCUGGCUCGGCCGUGGUUUCUCUGCUGACAUGUCCUUUGGCUCUCUGGUGGGGUGUCCAGGCCAUAGCCCACUUCUAGCUUUUGUUCCUGUUUGGUUUGGUUUUGUUUUGUUCCUAGUCUCUGGUUUUCUUUUCUGUGUGGCUCGAUCAGGUAUGAGAGCAUCUGCACAGUGCCCAUUCCCAGAGAUGGGAGGAGUGGAAGGAAGACACUGGUCUGUCUGAGCUGCCCCAAAGGAGAGGGGCAGAGUGGUUUUGUCCUCUCCUGGUGCUCAGAGGGUGAGCGGGGGAGACAGUCCUGUGCAGGUGUCACAGGAUAAUGUCAGGCUCUAGUCUGCAGUUGAGACAGAGGACUUGAAGGCCUCUCUGCCUUGGGCAUGUGCUUGAAUGAGUAAUAUGGAUGUGCAGAACCAAGCACGGAGGUGCCACUGUGGAUGGGGAGAGAUCUCAAAGAGGGCCCAGCUUUAGGGGAGCAGCAUCUUUGAUCUGCUUGUACUCCUUCUAGCUAAUGAGAGAAUAAAGGCUUAACUUAGGGUCAGCACUGAUGUCAGCUUGAUUUUCUGGCUUUUAAUGCCUGCCUCUGAUUGCCCUGAUCUUCCCCAGAGGGACCAGAGGCUGGUAGAGGAGGGGAUUUGUUCUUGUCCCUGUUGUAGUCUACUGGGAAUACAUUAGGUUCCCUUGCUAAGCUGGGAGCUGGUAUCCUUUGUAGGUGCUGGAGAAACUGCCUCUGACCCUUCUGCUCUUGUAGCAGUAACCUCUUUCAUGUGAACCUUAACUUUCUCACAGCUGGCAUCUGCCUUACUUCCUUUGGCUUUCUUCCCAGCUGCCUGGGAGAAGGUGUCAGCCUACUGUGGGGUAGCAAGACCAAAGUUUGUGGGUCCAGAGUCCCUGCUUUCCCUGAGCCAUACGGCAAGCUGAAUGCAAUGUGGGUGUCUCCUUGCAGCAAGCCUAUGGCAAACAUGGAUGCAUACAUCUGACUUCUAAGAAUUUAAAGCAAUAAAGACUCUUCCACUCCUA